UGCCCCAGCGGGACUAGCAUGGCCCAGCGCCCGGCUGGCUGCCAUGGAGGCCGGCCGCUGAGCGCCAUCCUGGCGGGGCUGCUGUUGCUGCCGCUGCUGCAGGCGGGCCGGAGCUGCUCGACGCCCUGCUUCUGCUUCGCCACGCCGGACACCCUGCAGUGCCGCCUGGGCCGCCUGCUGGAGCCGCCCGCCGAGCUGCCCCCCGCCGCGCGCAACCUCUCCAUCGCCGGCGGCAACCUGACGGUCUUGCGCGCCGCCGCCUUCGCCGGGGGCUGGCUGGAAGGGCGCGAGGGGAAGGCGGCGGCGCGGCCCCUGGCCCACCUGACGCUGCUGGUGCUGACCCACGACGCCAUCGAGGCCUUGGAGGAGGCCGCCUUCGCCGGUUUGCCGGCCCUGGCCGCGCUGGACCUGAGCCACAACCGCCUGCGCGCCGUUGCACCGGGCGCCUUCGCCGGCUGUGCGCAAUUACGCACGCUGCGCCUCAACCAGGCCUUGAGGCGAGGGACGCGCGGGGGGCUCGGCGAGCUGCUGGACGGCGCCUUGGCCAACCUCAGCCUGGCGCGCCUGGAGCUGGCCGGCAACCGCUUGCGGGAGCUGCCCCCCGGGACGGCCCUCCCGCCGGGCCUGCGCCUCCUGGACGCGCGCAACAACUCGCUGCAGGCCCUGGCGGCCGAGCAGCUCGACGGCCUCGCCGCCCUGGGCCGCCCGCGCCUCCUGCUGGCCGCCAACCCGCUGCGCUGCGACUGCGCCUCCCUGCGGCCCUUGCUGGUGUGGCUGCGCAACGCCUCCGCCGACGACGACCGGGGCCUCCUGCACUGCGCCUCGCCGCGCCCCCUGAAGGGCUGGCCGCUCGGGCGUCUCCGGGCCUCGCAGCUGGGCUGCGGCGGCGGCGAGGGCGCCGAGCUGGGCCUGCCCGCCGACGACGCCUCCCUGAGGCCCCCCGAGACCGCCUCCUACGUCUUCUUCGGCAUCGUCCUCGCCCUCAUCGGCGUCGUCUUCCUCAUGGUGCUCUACCUCAACCGCAGGGGCAUCAAGCGCUGGCUCAACAACCUGCGGGACGCCUGCCGCGACCAGAUGGAAGGCUACCACUACCGCUACGAACAGGACUGCGACCCCAGGCGGGCCGGGACUGGGGGCCUCUGA